GGCUAAUAAAGCCCAAGAGCUUGGUGAUCACCUGGUUGUUUCUCUUCGUUCUAUGCGUUUCGGUUUGUUUAUUGCUUAAUACUUAUUGCCAGUACUUUAAUGCUUACGUUUGUAUUUGUCCAUUGCAGGUAUAUAAACUGGCCUCUUCUCCUUCCUCACUUUCUUCUAUUCACCAACAUCUUCAUCAAUCACUUCAACAACCGAUAUCACUACACAACUACACAAUUUCUAGUUCUACAACUACAAAACACACUCGUCCUCCACUCCUCCAUAUCAAUAACAAACAACACAUUCAACAUGUUGGCCCAAUUUCUUAGACAAUCCAUGCGCGGCAUGAAGGCUCCCACCGAAGUCUACCCUCUUGUCGCAGUCGUCACUGGUGCCUCUAUUGGCGGUUCUUAUAUGGCGUUGCGUAAGCUCGCCACAGAUCCCCACCUUCGUCGUCAUGUCUCCAAUGCUCACCGCCAGUAAAUGAAUCAAAAAUAUGUGCGGAUCCAUGAGAUUUUAUUUCAAGAAUGACCAAGCUUCGCGGGUACAGCGGUUGUCAUGAUUCUUUUAUUUCGCAAGCCUGCAAGUCUAUGCCCCUAAUGCUGCAAUACAACCUAGAAUGUUCCAAUCCCUUCAUCCAUCCGCGGUCAUAGUUCUUUUUUCCCCUUUCUAUUCGCUUAUCCAAUUUUCUUGAUCAAGCACCUUGUAACAUACUUAUGAAAAAGCGACAGCUUUGUAAAUAAUAACACCAAGAAUAAAAAAAUUUACUCGAUGAAAA